AUGGCGCCUGCCAAAAAGCGCCGCCGGACCUCAUCCGCUCAGCAAGCACAAGCUCAAUUUUCACCCUCCUCUCCAGAAGACAACAAGCACAGUCUCUUCACAUCAUGGGCCGAGUCUCGCGGCGUCCAGAUCACCUCCGUCGCCCCAGCAGUCAUCCCUGGCCGCGGCGUCGGCCUCCUCACUACAGCCCCAAUCAAAAAGGACACACAGAUAAUUUUCGUUCCCGAAAAGGCCAUGUUCAAACCUCUUGUAACAAGUAUCAAAUCCAAAGCCUUCCCCGAAAGCGUCUCACCGCAAGCUCAGCUCGCAAUCAGCAUAAUGUCCGCGUGUCAAGACCCCUCUUCUUCGUAUCACCUCUGGCAAUCAACUUGGCCCAUACGAGAAGAUUUCGAAAGCAGCAUGCCGCUAUUUUGGCCCAAGAAUUUAGCUUCUCACCUGCCACCGUCAGUACAGCAGCCGCUGGAAAGGAUGCGAGAGGACUAUGAUCGGGACUUCAAGUCUAUGCUGCGGUUACAUCCGGAUUGGACAGAACGGGACUUCAAGUAUUACUGGGCGAUCGUGAACAGCCGGAGCUUUCAUUUCAAGCCCCCAGGCGCAAAGCCUGGGUUUAUGGUGUUGUGCCCAUUUAUCGAUUAUAUGAAUCAUGGACCGAGUGGGACAGGAGUCAACGUGAGGCAGACGCCCAAGGGCUAUGAGGUUACUGCUGAUAGGGACUAUGAACCCAACACCGAGAUCCUCGCCACGUACGGUGCCCAUCCCAAUGAUAAGCUCCUCGUGCAUUACGGCUUCGUGAAUUCGUCUCCACCAGAUGCGCCCUCCGACGAUGAUGUUCGUCUCGAUCACAUUAUUGACUCCCGACUAUCUCCAAGCACCAAGUCCCAGCUUCAGGAUGUCGGAUAUUCGGGUUCAUAUACCUUGUUCCCGGCCUCGUCACAUCGUGUACAGCCCGAGAUCUGCUUCAGAACACAAGUCGCUGUGCGAGCGGAACUACUCACAGCCAACGAGUGGGAGUAUUUUAUGCUUAAUGGCGAGGAUAUGACGAGCGAUCAAAGCGGUAAUGUCGAGAAGUGGCUGAGGCCGUUGUUGACAGGGUGUCGUGACCAGGCGAGGGAGAAACUUGCAGAGUUGGCAAAGCUAGAGCCGGCAAAGGGAAGUGCAGAUGCGGGUGCGGUAUUCUGGCUGAAUGUUCGGUGGGAGCAGAUUGAGCAGGCGCUGGAUGCCUUUCUCAAACUCAAAUAG